AUGUAUCAGUACAUUGCCAAAAACGUGAGACACCUGUACGGUCUGCCUCCGGACACGGAAUACCACAACGGGAUCAGUGGUCAGCGGUCCGUGUACCACGCGUACGGUCGGUAUUACUUGCACUUGGCCACUACUCUCGCGGCCAGAGGGCGGCGGUCGGCCAAGGAUGGCCGCGGGGUGCAGGAACCGCUGUCGCUGUUUGAUUACAUGCAAUCGGUCAGCCUGGUGAUAGAUGCUCGGCAUCUCGGCCCCCGGAAGUCCGGUUGUCGUACGGAUGACCGGAAGCUGCCGCCAAAAGACAAAACGAUUCUGGCUCGGUUGCCGGCCACCGAGUAUCUGCGUGGCGGACAGUGUGCGCACGCAGAUCAGGCUGUCGCGCGAUUGCGUCCGAUGCAGCAACAGGCGUGCAUGAAGCCGACAUCGAAACGGUAA